AUGUUGGGACCAAAGGGAAUAGUUUUAUGGGUUGCCCUGAGUUUGCUGGUCAGCAAUGUUGUAGCUCUGGAUGUCACCGAAUUGUUCAAUCUCCCUGCUAGUGGCAAUGCGUAUGGAGACUGUUCUUCGCACCAGGCGAGGUUAACCAACUACGCCAGCGAUUUCUCAUCACUGGCUACACAGAUGAACAACGCAUUGCCCGGGAGCUCUUUACUGCGUGGUCUGGUUAUCAAAUUUGACGGCAAUGGAGUGCUCCUUUGGGAGAGUCAGAUGGCGUGGAACGUUGUCACGGAUCACAUCCAGCGUCUCCAAGAUGUUAUCACGAAUAACGGAGUGUAUCCGGCUUGGACUUCUCCUGCAAAUCUAUUUUGUGGUGAUUUUGGAGAACCAUUGUCUUGGGACUUUUAUAUGUUUGAUAGCGCUGGCGACUACAUAGAUCCCCCUACGACAGUUCAAAACAUGUAUGGAGAUUGGGCGAGCUACAUCGGAGGUGCGCAAGUACCCUACUGGGUUCCAUCACUGAAUGAGUACCAUCUCAUAUCCCCCACGACUUUCACGGCGGAUGCGAUGUGUUCUGAUACCAGUGGGCUGGAAGGGCUAAAUUCUUUCGGCAAUUCUCCAUCUCUCACGAAUCUUAUGAUGGAUUGUCUCAGCUUGGCGCUGGAUCCCUAUGCGCUUGGUACCGGUGUGGCACAAUUUGCAUAUCAGAACACCGAAAAUUAUGUCCAUUUUGCUUUGGCUUGGUGGUACUAUAACUGCAAAACCGUCGGGACCGCGACCCCGGCCACCUUCUAUGCUGGAUUCCUCCAAAAGUGGGACCAUACCUAA